AUGUUAUUUCCAACCUGUUUAUCUUUUCAGAGGAGUAACCAGUGCAGCCUGGGACAGUCUCCACAACAGUUAAUGAACGGUUUGCACCUCCUUCUGGCGCUGACGGAGGCUCGAGGUUUUGCCAUGCUUGAGUUCUCCUGGAUGAUCCUCAGAGUCUAUAAUGAAGGAAACUUCACCUUGGAGCAACAGCUGGCUCAGGAUCUCUACUUGCAAUACUCGGAGGACAUCCUGAUGGAGGCGAAGGAGGUCCUCGAGCUGCAGUCUCGGGACUACAUGAGGUGUGACCCCAGGGAACACGUGGAGGGCGAAACCUACGUACAGUUCACCGAGCUCCUUCAGGUACGAGUGAUAUUAUGCUCAAUGGAGACUGAUUGCCGGAGAGUUUGGAAUGG